AUGGCGCCUCCUCGCCCAGAGCUAGAGAAGCAAUAUAUGUCCUCAAAUAGCAAGCCAAAGAAUGAGAUAGCAGAGCCCAAACCCAGUGCAAGUAUCCUCCUAAUAUCCCCUACCAAUCAAAUACUCCUCCUCCACCGUGUACGCACAUCCAGUUCCUUUGCCUCGGCGCACGUUUUCCCAGGUGGAAACCUCUCAGCUUCCCAAGAUGGCGAGAUACCCGGACUAAAAGACGAGGGAAGACAUGUAGAUGGGUCAGCAUAUAGAAUAGGCGCAAUACGGGAGACCUUUGAAGAGAGUGGAAUUCUGCUAGCCAAGAAAGAAGACGGGUCACUGCUGGAGGUGGAAGAGGAUAUUCGGGAGAAAGCGCGGAAAGAUAUCCACGCCGGCAAACUAAAAUUCCAAGACUGGGUCAAAUCCCUAGGAGGAGUUAUAGAUUCAGACGCCCUACACCCUUUUACACGUUGGAUAACACCUCCAAAUCUCCCAAAGCGCUUCACAACACAAAUGUACAUCUACUUCCUGCCUCUCACCCAAACAUCCGCCCAAAACAUCAUAUCAGCCUACAUCGUUCCAACCCCGACUUCCGACGGCGGGGUAGAGCACACCGCUGCUCUGUUCGCCUCGUGUUGGGAUUGGUUGAACCAAGCUACGAAAGGAGAAGUCAUGUUAUUCCCACCGCAAUACUACCUGAUGCACCUGCUCUCCCCUUUCCUGAUUCCCUCUCCUACACCUCUCUCUACACAAGAAUUGCAAAAACAGCGCGACGCAGUGUUGGGGUUUUUACAAGGAGAUGGAGAUGGGAAGGGCGUGAAAUGGGCGGAUAAAGUUAUGAGUCCCGUAGGGCUACUGAUGCGGAAGAGUGAUGGGCGGAGUGUGCUUUCGCUUGAGAAGCCAGGCCCGGAGUUGGUGGGGAGUGGGAGGGCCGGGGAUGCGAAGAGGGUUGUGCUUGUGAAGUUCAGUAAGGAGGGGCCGAGGGAUGUAGAGGUUAGGUGGAGGAAAGAGGUUUUGGAUGAGGAGAAGAGAGAGAAAUUAUAG